AUGCCACUGUCGCGGGGCGACGGGUGGGCGGCGACGCGCGCGACCACGACCGCGCCGCGCCGCCCGCCGCCCGCCGCCUCCGCCCCCGCCACGACCCCCGAGUCCGUCGCGGGCGGCCCUAGCCGUGCGCGAGUGUCGCGACCGCGAAGGGGGCACGCGUCGGCCGCCGGAGCCGCCGCCCUGGCCGCCGCCGGCAUGGACGACCGGCCGCCCCCGCCGCCGCCCCCGACGACGCUAGUGCUAGUGCCGACAGUGCCAGUGCCGCCCCCGACCUGCCCCCCGCCUCGCCGCCGCCUCCGGGCCCUCCGCCACCGCCUCCGGCCGAGCGGCUGCCUCGCAGUGAAGCUGCGCGGCUUAAUUGGCGGCACGAUUCUGUUUGGUGCCCCCACGGGCCCUCCGCCCCCACCCCGCCCCUCCCCAGAACGACUCCCCGGCGAGAAGGAGGAGGGAAAAACAGUGUGCCCGGCAGCGGCAGCGGCAGGGGCGGCGGAAGAGCCCGCGCGGCGCAACCCGCCCCGCCUUAGUGCGGCGCUGCCCCAGCGAGCACUGACCCCCGCCACGGCCAGCGCGCUGCCCCGGUAG